UCAGUGGUGCGCCGCUGUUGUUUGUAGCUGUGACGCUUUUCGUGUACCUUUGACGUGGCCACUACGUAUUCCACAGAAUUAUCCAGUCCGAUUGCGGCAAGUUUGGUGACGAAAAGUGCGUAACUGGUAAGUACUCCAUUGAGUAAUAUCAACAGAACAACAUGAAGUUCGGCACGAGCUAUGGACAUGGUCAACGACAGUGAAGUGACCCAAGGCCAACAGACUGACCUUGGAGACACAGGACAAAAUAUCUCAGUAGUUCACGUAGCUAUCCCUAACCAGGCUGUACAGGUGCAGUCAGUCAUACAGCCCACCAGUCAACCUUCUGUGAUUCACACGACACAUCAAGGUAACACAAUCCACGUGGUAACGGAAGACGAGUUUGAAGAGGCCGAGGGAAAGAAGAGAAGAGAAAUAUUAAACAGGCGUCCAUCAUACAGAAAAAUCCUGAACGAGCUGUCAUCAGACACGGGCGGCAUCAGCGGGAUGACGAAGAUCACGGAGGAGGACUCCAACAGCAGUCAGGAGGGUAUGGAAGCCGCGGACGGGGCUAGCAAUCUCAGUACGUCACAACAACAGAAUGUGGUUGUGUCGGCGACAUCUGUCGCAGCGGCUGGUAGUACUGUUCAGUACCAGCAGGCAGGCGGCACUGUCACAGUAGUUCCCACCCAUACUAUCCAAAUAGCCUCCCAUGGUGACGGGAUACCACACACAGGUGUCCAGACACUGACCAUGUCCAACACUGGACUGGUCACCUCGCCAGGGGGAGCCACUAUUGUCCAGUAUGCACAGGGGCCAGAUGGACAGUUCUUUAUACCAGCCACCAAUGUCCAGGCCUAUCAGAUAGCCACGCCCACCUCGCUCCCCCAGGGUGUCGUCAUGACAACAGCCAUGGGGAGUCCCCAGGGGGUGGGAGAGGAGGCCUCCAGGAAGAGGGAACUGAGGUUACUGAAAAACAGAGAAGCUGCUCGUGAGUGUCGGCGGAAGAAGAAAGAGUACAUCAAGUGUUUAGAAAAUCGUGUUGCGGUGCUUGAAAAUCAGAAUAAGACUCUCAUGGAGGAAUUGAAAUCUUUAAAAGAACUUUAUUGUCAAAAGGAUGCUUGAGACAGUUCAGUUUGUGCUGGAAGGCAAGUUUCCAAUGGCAAGAAGAUAAAUCAUACUCUGGACAACUCCCAGUUCUGGAGGCAGAGACACUCGGCUGCUAGAACUGAUGUCCUGUCCUAGAUGUAAACAUUGGGAUAUACAUGUAUUGUAUUACUACAGCAAUACAAGGAGAGAGACAGUCUCUGCCCCUGCAGUCUUUUAGCCAAUAGAGACACUUCAUUUUUUGCUCCUGCUGUAUGUCUACCAUUUGAACACCACCAAAAUUGAUUAUAUUGUAAAGGAUGGUAGUUCAUCCACUUUAUUAAACACAUUAUCAAAGUAUUGUCACAUUUGAGGAAAUAUUGACCUUAUUUUAUUUAUUUUUUUCUCUUGUAAAUUUAUUUACAGGAGUGCUAAGUUCCUUUAUUUAGACUGGUCAACAAGAUCACAGAUUGAAGAAGUGACAUUGGCGAGCAGUUUCUCUGUAUAUUACCCCAUCAUUAUAUUAUGUUUGUGUAUAGCCUGUCAGUACCUCUAUUGUAACAUAGUGUACAUGUUUUGAUAUUGUAUAUUCAUCUCUUGGUUCAUAUAUUAGUAAUUCAUUAAUCUUGCAUCAUCAGUAUAUUGUGUAUAUAAGAUAAGUCAUAUCACCCAUCCAUCCCAGAUUUUACUAGUGAAUUCAACAAGAUAUUUACAUUAUAACAUCAAAACAACUGUACAGGCUUUGAGAUGUUUACAGACUUUUUGCCUCUGUUGUAUUGCCAAUUUAGCCAAGAUUUAAGUUUAAUUGCUUGUGGCUGGCAAAGAUUUAAGGAUGUAUAAACAUAAAUGAUCAAUGUAUAUGCGACCAUUUUGCCACAACUUUCUCAGUGUACUGGACAAGUUAUUGACUUACACAGUGAAUGUGAACCAAAAACCUAAGGUGAAAUAUAUGCAGAGAUAUCAUAGGAAGUCCUCCAUAUACAUAAACGAAGUCUUCAGCCCAGCGUUGGCACACAUUUACGACAUAAUUUCAAUCAGACUUAUACAGCAGACAGACUCUUUGAGUUUCUGGAAAUUAACCUCCCAAACCAGCAUACCCACCCAGAAAUGGGUUGCUAACCCCUAAAACUUAUGACAGUUCAAAAAAGCAGCCUGGGUUCACAUAAGUCUCUGUCAGUAAUUUAAUGUGUUGAUAUUAAUCUGUUUGUAAACAUAUGUCUGCAAAAAUAAUCCCAAAAUAUGGUGCUUUUUGUUGCCAUGUUGUAAACUGUCUUUGUAUUGCACCUUUUAUUAUUAUUAUUAUUAUUACUGAAUUAAAUUAAAUCUAUAAGAUGCUCAGAUGUUCUUUCCAGAGACCAAAUUUAGGUGGUAAGUUAAUUUAAUAGCAUUAAAUUAAUAGUGUUCCAAACACUGUAAAUUUUUGACAUGUACAUAGGCUUUCUGCUGUUAUUGUAGAUGCCAUUAUCUUUGCCCCAUCUCUCCCCCCCCCCCCCCUCCGAAUAAUUCCUUAUUACUGAUGGAGGGGUUGGCAAAUUGAAUUAAAAGUCAGUGUCAGAGUUAAUGACUAAGGUUUUAUUAUCCAAUUGUGCAAAUAUGUCAUCACAGUUGUGGAUGUUUUAUUAUAACCAAAACUUAAAAGUGUAUUACUUUGUAAGUAAACAAGUCAGACAAUUUGAGUUUUUACCAUUUUAAAGACGUAAGGGUAAAAUUUUGUGUCAAAUAUGCUAAGAUUAAGAUGUUAAACCAUUUAUUCUUUGAAAGACUUCACUUGACCUGUUCAUCUUAAUAACCUUUAUUCUAUCCCUCUGUGUAGUAGAAAUGCAGAUCUAUUUUGGAAUAAAUUUUAUAAGCAAA